CACGAGGGCCAAUUGGGAGCGCGGGCACCCGGCGCCAGCGGCGCGGGGAGGUCGGCGGUGCCGGCGGCGGCGGGCGCAGUGCGCGAGGGGAGGAGCGGGAGGAGGCGGAGGAUGUUCCCGGCGGCUGCGGCCGGGGCAGCGCGGACCAGAGACGCGGCGUGCGGAGCCCUCAGCUGCCCGGCGGAGCGCGGCAGCGGACGGGCGGCGAGUUGCAGGCUCUCCGCUGCCCCGGGCGCUCCGACCGCGAGUCCCGGGCUUUGUCUCCCGGACCGCCUUCGUGUUGACGGUCAGGGGGCUCCGGGUCGGCGAAGGGCGCGGGCUGGGCGCCGCCGGGCCCCGGCCCGGACGCGACGCUCGGAAGGGAAGGGGCGAACAAAAAAAGACCAAAUGGCAAAGCAACCUUCCGAUGUAAGUUCUGAGUGUGACAGAGAAGGUGGACAAUUGCAGCCUGCCGAAAGGCCUCCUCAGCUCAGGCCUGGGGCCCCCAUCUCUCUACAGACAGAGCGGCAAGGUAAUCCCGAAGGAGAAGGGGACCGCUGCCCCCAAGGCAGCCCGCAGGGCCCACUGGCCCCACCAGCCAGUCCCGGCCCUUUCGCUACCAGAUCCCCGCUUUUCAUCUUCGUGAGAAGAUCUUCCCUGCUGUCUCGAUCCUCCAGUGGGUAUUUCUCUUUUGACACAGACAGGAGCCCGGCACCCAUGAGUUGUGACAAAUCAACACAAACCCCAAGUCCUCCUUGCCAGGCCUUCAACCAUUAUCUCAGUGCGAUGGCUUCCAUGAGGCAGUCUCAGGCUGUACCUGCAGAUAUGCGUCCGGAGAUAUGGAUUGCGCAAGAGUUGCGGCGUAUUGGAGACGAAUUUAAUGCAUAUUACCCAAGGAGGGUCUUUCUGAAUAAUCACCAAGCAGCCGAAGGUCACCCGCAAAUGGUUAUCUUACGACUGUUACGCCACAUCAUCCGUCUGGUGUGGAGGAUGCAGUGACAGCGGGUUCCUCACGGAGCCGGGAUGUGCAGACAUUUUGCUCGUUCAGACCGACAAGCCCAGCGCCUCGGUGUCUCGGUGCCCUUGCUGUGCAGCCCGAGGUCCCUCGCCGGAGGGGGCGGGCGGGGAGCCUGCCGGCGUGGCCCCGGAGAACACCGAGCUGCACGUGGACCUGACCUUGUCUUUCAUCAUCACCACGCGGCCGAAUUUCUAACAGAAGCUUGUUGUGAAUGUAAAUGAGGGAGGAUUGUCUUUUUAAACAAUGUACAAAUCAUGGUUCUUUGGAGCAGGAUUUUAUGCAAGAAUGGUGUUUACAUGCCGUGUGUUGUUUUUUUUUUUGUUCCCACCUUCUUUGAUAAGAACAGGUUUUUCAAAAAGGAAACGGAAACUUUUUAACCAACUCGUGAGUGAUUUUUGUACUAAAAUUUUAAGAACCUUUUGCCUACUCUCAGAGGAUUGUGUAAACUCUGCAGUGGAAACUGAGCCAGCUGAAUUAUAAAGCUGCCUUAGUUUAUUUUUAGAGGUCACCAUCCAGCAUUUUUAAACAGGAGAGGUAUGAUGCGGCCCCUCCCUUCCCUGCCAUUGCCUUUUGGACCUUUUUUUUUUUUUUUUUUAAGUCAUUAUUAUUAAUACCAAAAAAGUUCUUAGGAAAUGGAACUGGUAAAAGGGGCAGAGGGGUCUCUUGUCAGCCUGUAUUGACAUGCCACUCCCAUUUUGUAAAUAUCUACUUACCUCCUUAAAUUCAGUUGCGUCUGUGGCAAAAUUUCAGACUCUUCUUGUGUUUCUCCUUACGUCCUUUGGUGACGCUCCUCCAGCCUGUCGGGACCCUGAUGCACACAUUUGGUCCAGUGUAUUUUCAUGGUAAAAAGCAUAAUUGGGUCGGAACAUGAGUUAGUAUCUGCCUGUAUCAGACACAGGUCUGUUGGUCUAUUGGUAGCUUACUCACUGGGAGGUGCUCGAUGUUGGUUUUCGUUUGGUUUUGAUGGGCUUGUCGUUUAGAAGUGUUCUGAAGAGGUAAUGGCGGUCAUAACACAAGGGAUGCACUGUUGGCUUUUCUGGAUGCAGACCUUCCCAUAUCGCAGGAUGGACUCUUAGCCUAAGGCCCCCAGGUGGUUAACAUGCCCACGUGCAGCCGAGUUCCCGUCGAGGUAUCCAAGCUCGAGCCCUUGUGGGAACUGGUGCAGGCUAUGGGCGGGACUUGAGACAGCUGUUUCCUGGGCAUCCUGGCUUUUUGUCCAACUCAGAGUUCAUCUGGCUUCUGAUGGCUAACACUUGGUUCCCACUCUUUGAAACACAGACUUAAUUCUGCUCUCGGCAGUUCCAUUAAAAACCCCGUUGGACACAAGUCUGAAAUGGUCCCUUGGCCUUCUGACAGAUGUCUGUGUCACUUGUUCCACUUCUCUUGGGACGGCUGGAUUUUGUCAGGCCCCCUUCAUGCGGCCACUUCUGUUGGGGAUGCCCUUCCUCCGCGCCUGCCAUGAUUAUGGCAGAGAAUGGAAGCCCACGAGUUGGUCAGUCUUUUCAAAGGCAGUUAAACUACUGGGGAGACCCAAGAAAGACAGAUUAGGGAGCAUUGAAAGAGGGGAGGUGGAGAUCAUUCUGUGAACCCCAUCACUCUUAUAGUUUUAGAAACCUCAGAUCAUUGAACAGCUUUUUAAAAAAGAUACGUGAUUUUUCAGAUGAGUCAACAGUGCCAACAACAACUAUCGUAUUUGCUUUUGGCCCAUCGAGAACCAGUGUUUUCACGUUAUCAGUUGGAAAAAUUGAUUCAUUUUUGUAUCUUCAUAAUUUUAUAUAAGUAUAUAUAUAUAUAUAUGUUGCAUAUACACUUUUUCCUUAGGUAGAGAUAUUUGACUCCAAAUAUUCUUCCUUCUAAAAGUUUUCUUUUCCCCAGAUACCUUCUUGGGGUCUUGAAUUGUUUUAAAGCUGUGUUGAGUCUCAGCUUGUGUCCUUGACAUGUCUUGAACCCCUCUGCAGGGUCCUCAAGUCCACGCGGUUGUUAAGGUGGUUGGUGGAAUUGCAGCCGUGGGCCUGCUGGACACACACACCAAAGACGUAUUUGGUUCUGGGCCGCUCCCCUCCCAGGAUCUCCAUGCUCUAUACGGGCCAGUCUCUCGGACUGGAGCACUUUAUUCUGUUCCUUCAGCCCUGGUGCCCGGGGGCUGAGAGCUCGCUCACCCACGUGCAAGUUUACCUCGGGCUUGGCGGCCUCCAGGCCCCAGGGCUGGCCGUGGAAGCAGCUGGUGAGGAAAUUAGAGAUUCUAUGAAUUGUAGAAGUAUUAAGAGGGUGUUGCCCCAGGACUUAAGAGAGGUGACUGGACGUCUCUGUACUGUACGUAUCUGUUUAUCAAGAUGCCUCCCUGCAGAAAGUAUACCCACUGUGGGUGUACCUUUGACUUCUUAUUUUUCCUUUCUUUGACUUUUUAUAGAGAAAAAAAUAACUCGAUCCCUUUUUGGAAACUGAAUGCGGGUUUUGUGCCUUGACCACCUCGUCUCACGUGAGGUUUGUAGAAAGUGUCCUGUGACUUUUCACAGAAAUGCAAUAAACACACACGAAAUUAACUUCAUGAGUGAAUCUGCAAAUUACCUGGACUCCUGUUUAUGAAGAAUUUUUUUUUUUCUUGGUUGUGGAGAAACCAGGUGAAAAUUUCUUCCGAGUUAAAAAAAAAAAAAAAAAAUGUACACAGUAGACAACAGCUUUCUCCUGUUUCCCCUUCUUAAUGUUGUAUAUAUUUUGACUAUUUAUUAGAUUAGGAAGUCAUAUUUUACUUAUCAACUGAGCCAAACGUCUGUGUGCAAUUAUUAUGUUUCCUUUACCUUUCUUGUAAAAUUUUGUACAGCAUAAAUGAGUAAAAAAAAAAAAAAAAAAA